AUGGAGGUGAGUUUGGAUCUAGCGUCUGAUGUCUUCUCGCACGUGCUCUCGCGCGCUCCGCCGGCAGAGGCCGGUCUGAUGGAGGCACUGGCAGUGCUGAUUGCCGAGGCCGCCGACGAGCCAUCGGUGCCUGCCGACUGGAUGGAUGCAUUUAGCGAGCUUCUCGCUGACGCCGGCGUCGACGAAGACACUGCGGUGGCCGCCGCGGCCGAGUUUGUGCUCCGCGCCGCGCAGGCGAGCGUGGCUGCCGCGUCCUGCGCGCGAGCCGAGAGCCAACCAGCCGCCUCGAUCGCCAUCGCCGACAGCAGCCAUCCGUACGCCCUCGCGUGCGUCGACUCUGUUUCGGGCAAGCCGCUCUCGCUUGGUGAGGUGAACGACCGGGUUGCCGAGGCCAGCGGCUCGUGCGCGGUUAGCCUCGAGGUGUUCAUGGAGGGCACUCGUGCGGUCGAUGCGCGCGAACGACGGCUGGCACUCCGCGAGCUCUGCCCCUGCCACGUCAAGAAGGACAUCGACGUGUUCUGGAAGCGCAUCAUGGCCAUGGUGAACGACCCCGAUCCGGACGUCCGCUACCAGGUUCUUCACAACCUCUGCGACGGCUCGCCGCUCCGCCUCGAAGCCGACGUCAUCGCCGCCAUCGAGAUCCUCCACAACGACGCCGACAAAAGGGUAGCCCGCGCAGCACGGCGUGUCCUUGUUGAGUACCGCAAGACCGGCGAUUGGAACGUCAUGUGAGGUGGUGUGGGGAUAAACGAUGGGAUCCCA